ACGGCUGGGCCGGGCGGUAACGCGGCGCCUCCCCACGGCGGCUCCGCCCCCGGCUCCGCCCCGCAGCGUGCCCCGCACAAGAUGGCGGCGCCCAGGCUGUCGCGGCGCUGUUGCCGCGCGGCGGGUUUGUUUGGCGCCCUGCGGCGGGCCCGGCCGCCCGGAACGCGGCACGUCCACGAACGGCCGCAGCGGGCCCGCGGCGCCAAGGGUCUGCUGGCGGCGCAGUCCGAGCGCGGCCUCUUCCAGGACGUGUUCCCGGCGCAGGGCGCGGACGAGCAGCUGGAAGCGCUGCUGGAGCCGGGCCGCCCGCCCGUCGCCGUUUACUGCGGUUUCGACCCGACGGCGGACUCGCUGCACGUCGGGCACCUGCCGGCCGUCAUGGCGCUGCUGCACUUCCAGCGCGCCGGACACACCGUCUUGGCCGUGGUGGGCGGCGCGACGGCGCGGCUGGGCGACCCCAGCGGCCGCGAACGCCCGCGGGAGCCGCUGGAGGCCGAGAGGGUGCGGGCCCACGCGCGGGGGCUGCGCGAGGGGCUGGGGCGGCUGCUGGAGAACCACCGCGCGCUGUUCUGGGCGGCGGGCGGAGGGCGGCCCCUGGGCCGGGCAGAGCUGCUGGACAACGCGUGGUGGCUGGGCCGCGAACCGCUGCUCGACUUCCUGUGCGGCGCCGGCGGCCGCCUCCGCAUGGGCACGUUGCUGAGCCGGCAGGCCUGCCAAGCCCGGCUGCGCAGCGCCGAGGGCAUGAGCCUGGCCGAGUUCCUGUACCCCGCCCUGCAGGCGUACGACUUCUUGCACCUCCACCGGCACCACGGCUGCCGCGUGCAGCUGGGCGGCGCCGACCAGAUGGGCAACAUCAUGUCCGGAUACGAGCUCGUCACCAAGAUGACAGGAACAGAUGUGUUUGGAAUUACUGUGCCUCUUAUUACCAGUACUACUGGAGAUAAACUGGGAAAGACUGCUGGCAACGCAGUUUGGCUAAACAGAGAUAAGACUUCUCCGUUUGAGCUGUAUCAGUUUUUUGUUAGACAACAGGAUGACAUAGUUGAGAAAUACCUGAAACUCUUCACCUUUCUUCCUCUUGAGGAGAUUGACCACAUCAUGGAAAUGCAUGCCAGAGAGCCUGAAAAAUGGGGCCCUCAAAAGCGACUUGCUGCAGAAGUAACGAAACUUGUUCAUGGCAGAGAGGGGCUGGAAUCUGCUAAGAGGUGCACCAAAGCCCUUUAUCACAGCAGUGUGGAGGCACUGGAAGCUAUGUCUGACCAGGAGUUACAGGAACUUUUCAGACAGGCUCCUUCUGCUGAAUUGAUACUUGAACCUGGAAUGACUCUGCUUGACCUGUGUCGCAAAGCAAAUGCCAUUCCACAUGGACAUAGUGGGUACCAGAAAAUUACAGAUGGUGGAGUUUCAGUAAAUGGGAUUCGUGUAACCAAUCCGGAGACUGUUCUUAUUCUUGGACAGCAUAUUCUCAAGAAUGGAGUAUCAUUGCUUAGAAUUGGAAAGAAAAACUACUACAUUAUAAAAUGGCUGCAGUUGUGACAAGAAGAAUAUCUUCCUAAAAUGAGGUAGAUACCACUUCAACUCUGUUGCUUGAAGGACGUAAUUGAAGACGUUUCUAUACUGUGCAUUACUAUGCAGCUCACAAACUGCCCAAUAGCAUAGUUUCAGUUUUCAUAAUACAUCAAAAGGGUUCAAAUAAAGGCAGCUGAGAUUAUAAACAUGUAAGAUUUCAUGUUUUAGCUCUGGAAGUGAA